AUGUCCCGAUAUGACACUAUAGUUAUCGGUCUGGGUGCUGCCGGAGCUACAGCAGCUUCAACACUAGCUAAGUCUGGCAAGAGAGUGUUAGCGUUGGAGGCGCAGGACAGGCUCGGGGGAAGAGUUCACACGGUGGAGUUCGGGGAUGGAGUAGUGGAACUAGGAGCUGAAUGGAUUCACGGUACGCACCCAAAUAUUGUUUACGAGAAUGUCCAAAAGAACAACAUUAGUUUAGUUCCUCAAGAGUUUUACCUGAUGACAUACAAAUCUGAUGGAACGAAAGGAAAUAAUGUUGUUAUCAACGAAUUGGCGCCGCUGGUUAUUGAUAAUACAAUCAACUUAUCAGCACCCGCCAUGCCCGCUGGAUUUAACAUCACGAGGAAAAUUCAAGAACACCUAAAAGAAAAUCAUCCAGAUUUGGCAAAAGAUCGCGAAUUUUUGGACGAAGUUAUGCCAUUAUUGAACCUGAUUGUGAAUAACCACGAGUCUUCAAACGAUUGGAACGAUGUCAGUUCAAGAUCAAAAUACACGGAACUUGGCGGACCACAGCAUUUGAGUUGGCAUAAACUGGGAUAUCAUACGUUCUUUAAUAUGUUACUGAACAAACACAACAACGGUCCAGGCUGGCCCAAUUUGGACAUAAAAUUAAAUAAAGAAGUGACUUUAAUAAAAUGGCCGAAAGAUUCAUCUGGGGAUGUUGAAGUUAAAUGUAUGGAUGGCAGCGAGUAUAAAGCUGAUAAUGUUAUAGUGACAGUGUCUAUAGGAGUUUUGAAGGAUAGAAAGACUUUAAUGUUCCAGCCAGAACUACCUCCGGAGAAAAUAAAAGCGAUAAAUGUUAUACCCAUAGGAGUCAUGAACAAGAUUAUGUUGAAGUUCGACAAAUUAGAUUUACCGCGAGGAGUUUUCUAUGGUUUUCUAUGGAAAUCUGAAGAUAGAACUCGCGUGAGUGUAGAAGAUCGUUGGACUACUGAAAUAUUUGGAGCGAGCACUCCCACGGGAUCUUCAAAUACUAUGACGCUUUGGACCAGCGGGAAUAUCGGAUUACUGGUGGAAUCAAUGCCAAGUGAAGUGGUUAUGAAGAAAUCUAUGGAACUGAUAAGAAGAUUCAUGAGCAAGGUGUCUCAUAUACCGGAGCCGAGCGGUAUACUCAUGUCCAAGUGGUUCUCGAACCCUUUCACUAGAGGGAGCUACUCGUACGACAACCUCGUGGUUACAGACUACCCUCACGCCCGGUCAGUCUUGGAGGCGCCUCUGAGGGACGCCAGCGGAGCCCUAAAAGUCCUAUUCGCAGGAGAAGCAACCCAUCCUAUAUAUUUCUCAACCGUUCAUGGUGCUAGUGAAACCGGGUUAAAGACAGCUGAAAGAUUAUUAACAAAGUGCAAGCUGUAA